AUGGAAUUCAGUGAAAUUGUAAUACAUGUGAUCUUCUUGUCACAGACUGUAGUGGGAACCCUCAGCAAUUCCUUCUUAGUUUACCACUAUGUGAUGCUUUACUUCAUGGAGUGCAAGUUAAAGUUCACAGACUGGAUUCUACAGCACUUGCUUGUAGCCAACUUCCUAACUCUACUGUGUAAAGGAGUUCCCCACACUUUGUCAGCUUUUGGAUUGAAAGACUUCCUCAAUGACAUUGGGUGUAAACUGAUCUUCUAUCUUCACAGAAUAGGGAGGGGUGUGUCCAUCAGCAGCACCUGUUUUCUGAGUGUCUUCCAGGCCAUCACCAUCAGUCCAAAGGCCUCCAAGUGGACACAGCUUAAAGUCAAGUCUCCCAGACACAUUGCUUCAUGUGUGUACAUGAGCUGGAUCCUGUCAUUCAUAGUAAACAUAGGUUUUCCUAUGGAAAUAACAGCAAGACAGAACAUUAGGAACAUUACAUAUCUAAUGGUGUUGGAAUACUGUUCUGCUCCUCAUAAAGACAAGGUCAUUUACAUUCUCCAUGCAAUUUUUCUCUCUAUUCCUGAUGUGUUCUUCAUGUUGCUGAUGAUUUGGUCCAGCAGCUACAUGGUUUUCAUUCUUUACAAACAUAAGCAGAGAAUGAAGCACAUUCAUAAAAGCAACUUUUCCUUUAGGUCCUCCCCUGAGUUCAGAGCCACAAAGACCAUUCUACUCUUGGUGAGCACCUUUGUCUUCUUUUACACAGUUUCUUGCGUCUUUCAAGUUAAUAUGUCUCUUGUGAAAAAUCCAACCUCUUUACGGGUGAAUAUGGCUUCGGUAGUCUCUGCAGGUUUCCCAACUGUGGGCCCUAUUCUGAUGAUCCACUGUUACUCUGUGAAUCUCCAUUCUGUUUCUUUUGUAAGGAAACAGAAUAUCAUAACAAUUUCAUAUCAGUAA